UCGCGUUACUAGCGACAUCCGUAACUACCUUUUGUCUCUCCGUCAUCCAUUUAAUCCAGUGGCUGAAAUUGCCCCACGAUACUUAGCGGUCGAUCGGCUUUCUCCCGUCCCUCUCGCCAUUGGCUGCUUUCCCUCCGCCAGCUGUUGUUGUUGCUGCGACUUUGGUUCCCUCCAAGUUCCUGAUCAAACAAACAACUACCGCUCAUUUUCAUUGUUUUCUCCGGCCUUUCCCAUCAUCAUCACCACCCACCACCCACGCACCAUGACACUCCGUACCACCGCAGAGGAAAUGGACAGGCUCCAACUUUCCGACGAUGACACAGAAGAUCUCUGGAAUUCCCCUUCCAAACGCGGAAAUAAAAAGCUACAUCACAGGGUUGUCAAAGAAGAGAGUUUGUCGCCGGAACCCACCAUUCCUCACGACGGAGGCGAAACGUUGUUUGACCGCCAGGAGGCACGGGAGGCUGCGUUGCGCAGUGAACUAGAGAGUGUCCGCAAGAUCAACCAGGUUAUCGAGGGUCUGCUAGGAAGUCUCGAUUGUGCCAAGGGAAACAUGGAUACCGUCUCGCGAACCCUAGACUCUGCUUCUACAUUACUCAAUACUUGGACUCGGAUCCUCUCCCAAACGGAACACAACCAGCGGCUAAUCCUCAAUCCCAACUGGCAAGGCGCGGUCCAAGAUGUGGCCGAAAUGGAGAACGAAGAACUCCUCCGGCAACAGGCUGCAGAAAGACGUGAGCGUGAACUUCAACAGAAAAGGGAGGCUGCUGCCCGAAAGGCUGAAGAGGACCAGCGAAAGAGGACGCUGGCUGCGGGCACCCGCACUACGCGUGGAGCCACUCGCGGAAAGGUAGUGCGUAGCGGUCUGGGAAGGACCCCAAGUGUCUCAUACUCAGGGACAAGCUCCUGCACUACGAGAACGACCGCAUCGUCAACGGCUGGCAAAUCAUCAACGACCUCCACGACGCGUAGACCGGCCAGUGGGAUUGCGCGGGGUACAGGAAUUGCGCGUGGGCGUGGCAGGGCGUAGAGGCGGUGACCAACAUGUACAGUACGAGAAAGAACCUCAGACGAAAGCCAAUGACAGUGAUGAUAUGAUGAUACCCAAGAUGACGCGCCGAAACGCG